UACUAUUGAGGUUGUCUGCAAGACAGUGAAGCUACAUUGUGAUGCAUGGAUAGGAAACAGCACAGAAGAUUGUUGAAGGAGAGAAGCCCCUAAGUCAUAUGAAAAACAAUACAAAGGCUCAGCCUCUUGAACCUGGACCCAGCAAUUCAGCUUACAAAAAUAAACUGAGGAAGCUUUAUUUCGUGGAAAAUUUGUUAGAUGCAGAAAUUCAAGAAAAAAUCGAUGAGGUUAAAAAGAAAGAAAAAACUGCCAUGCUUAUGCAGUCUGGCCUUUUAGGUCCCAAACUUAAACACCAAAUCUUUCCCAAAAAAGUGGCAACUGCUGAAUCACAGGAAGAUAGCCUGACAGAGAGUGAGAGUGGAGACAGGGGGCUGAAGAAAGUGACGCUAUUCCUCAAAGGGCCCAAGCGCCUACGGAGAAAGCUCUUACAGGAGGCAAGAAUCAAGAGGAAACAGGGUACCUGGCCGACAGCGAAGAAAGUGGCCGAAGAAAGAACGCUUGGGAAACCAAUCCCGAGUGAAAUGACACAGUUUGACGUGGUGCAGAGGCCUCGGAAGUUUGUGGGAAGCUCCUUCCACACCGAGCCUUCCUUCACGCAGACGCACAAGGCUGCGGUCUCUUCUGUCUUCAAACAGUAUAUUGGCAUGCCUUCUACUUCUGCCACCUCAAAAUCCCUAUCUGAGGUUAAAAAACAAUCAAAAGACAUGAGCAACACCAUUUUUGUUUUAGAAGAUGCAAAUGCUAGAGUUAAAAGUAUGGAAGCUGGUAAACCAAUUGUACAUUCUAGAAGAAAAUACCGCUUUCAUAAACCUCAUUCCCAUGUGGCCCACAGAACACCUGCGGCCAAACUAAGUCAAAAGUUUAGAAAAGAAACAGUGUUCCAUGGACAGAUGCCUGUAAAGCAGCCUCCAUUCUGUGCAGUUAGGAGCCUUAUAAAUUCACCGUCACAUGGGGUUUUUCCACCUUCAGAAGAGCUGAGUCCUCAGGAGAAUCCUUUUCCAGAAUCACUUGCUCCUUCAGAAUCUUACAGAAAUCACUACUGUAUCCCCUCUAGGAAAUGGUAUUGA